AUGGCAGCCCAGCAGACUGUGCCGGUCUCCUCCAGGCCCCGGACAUCCUUCCUCAUCCAAGACAUCCUCUGGGACGGGGCAGAGCGGGGAGCACAGCCGGAGCGGGGCAAGAGCGGAGGGUCUGGCAGCCCGGAGGACGGUGACCCAGGGGCAGCCACAGCGCAGGGCAGCGAGGGCAACGUCACGGCGGAGACCUACCUGUCAGACUGCGACCCCCCGCUGCAGCCCCUGCCCAGCGCCCAGCGCCCCCCCAAGCAGGCGAAGCGUUCUCGGGCAGCGUUCUCCCACACCCAAGUCAUCGAACUGGAGCGGAAAUUCAGCCACCAAAAAUACCUCUCGGCCCCCGAGCGAGCCCACCUGGCCAAAAACCUGCAGCUUACCGAGACCCAGGUGAAAAUCUGGUUCCAGAACAGGAGGUAUAAAACCAAGAGGAAACAGGUCGCCUCCGAAAUCAGCAGACUGGACACGCGUCUGGCGGGGCAGAAAGCGGCCGAGCACCCCGGAGCAUCGCUGCUCGCUCUGCGGGGCGGCUGGCACUACCUGCCUUGCCUCUACUACUUGAACGGCUGGAGUCCCUCCUGGUGGUAA